CUCAAAAAGCACUAUCCAAGCUCAGAACUUCAUACACGGGCUAGACACACGACGGUCCACAUCGAUACUAAUUUCGUCCUUGGCAGAUUCACGGCAUCCUGCAAUGCCUUCACCUUUCAGUUACUAACCCGCGGUACCUUUUCCUUUCAAAGUCCGACUACCUUACCACCAGCUCGGGUUCGCAGAAAUGACUUCGUUCCUGAAUCCGUUUCGAGCACGCACUCAUCCAGGUACUGAGUGGUUCUCGGUCGGCCUUGCCUCAUCCUUCCCCGAUGUCGGCUCCGAUGAAAGCCAACCGCAACUUUGUGGGAACCAAGGGGCAGACGGCAAGCCAGGUUGCAAAGUUUUUCACGUCCCCCAGACAGAUGUCUCCCAGCGGGCUGAAGUUGAAAUACCGGCAGAAGAGGGUACUCAAGACUUGACGGACCAAGUGCUCGUCUUUCAAUAUCGAGGCAAAUUCCACGCUGUCGACCAUCAAUGCCCUCACUCCUCAUACCCCCUCUCGCGUGGCAUUCCGUUUGAUAUUGAAGACUUUGGUAUCGUCCUGAGCGCCGGAUUGACGUGCCCAAAGCACAAUUGGUCGUUUGACCUCUUCUCCGGCAGGUCGGAUCGCGGGAACUACAAGCUCAAGAUAUGGGAGGUUCAGCUGCGUGAUGUUGACGGGACAGAGCCGCGCGAGCAGAAGGUUUGGGUGAGGAGGAAGCCCAGGAUUGGAUGAGAAAGGGGGUGCAUACCUUAGUGUCUACCCAAAUACUACAUCCCACGAGGGCACUGCCCAACGGCACAGAAUCGAAUACCGAAGCCGGGAGCAGGAGGCUCGGUACUACAUGUACCGAAGGGACGGUUUUCUUGUGAACAUGGUGUACGGACUGCAGAAGGUACCUAUCAGAAUCUCAUUUGCUUACCUUGCGGUAUAUGCGGACAAGCAGUGGGGGACACUUUACAUAGUAGAUGACUAACCGGUAUAUAAACGGCAUCUACAUGCUAAUUUUAUCCUGUCUUCCCC